AUGCGUACUGUAGCGAUCUCUCAUCUGGCACAGCUUUCCCAAGCAGAACUUGAACCCCUUGGCCGACCUAUAUGGGAUUCAACGCCCUCUUGUAAAAUGGGAGAGCGGCCCGUUCCUUGCGCCACCCGAGACGGCCUAAGGAUCGUGGCGAUGUACAUGAUCGACCGUGUGCUCCAACCGGCUUCACUUGCAGCACCAGCCGUUACCGACCAAGUAGGGGAAAAGGAAGGUGCGGGAGCAGAUAUUUUAAUGGCCCAACAAAGCUUUAUUGAAUUUGGUCUUCACACUUUGCUCGAACCUGUCCCCUCGAACACCACGAAUAUCGACAUAGGUGAACAAGUCCUCGGUGUGGAUGUAAUUGUCCGCGAGGAGAUUACGUUCAAAGAUCCAGGCUUGCUCGGACUACUCUUCCCAUGGCUGUUUCUUGCUGAACAUGGGUUCCUAGAUUAA